UGCUGCAGCACUCGGUCCAGGGUGUUAGCGUGGGCUAACGCGCUCCGGCUCCGUUUUGUGUUAACGUGUAGACUCGGAAUGCUAAGUUAGCAUUCACGUUGUCGCGCGUGCGCUGCUGCUCGUCGGUGGCAAUUAGCACGAAUGUAACGUACGACUACACUGACAGCACUCAGCCUGGUUGGCUCAUGCACUGACGUCAUUUCACUGACAACAUAACUUAGUGGUCGAGUUGAGCCAAGUUCCCAAGUGAUGCUUCUUCAGGCGAUCACGUUUGUUUCUGCUGCUCUCAGCUGGUGUCCGUAACACCGGGAGGACUCCGACACACUCCCAUCACUCACACGACGUCAGCUUCCUGUUCAACGCACCAUCUCACGACUGUCUUUAAGGUUGUCGCCCAUUGACAUGCGACCCCCUCGAAGGCCGGUUGGCUUAUUCGCCGAGCAUGCAUGCUAACCGGAAGGAGGCUUAUUGUUAACGUUCGGCUGAAGGCCUGUGUGUGCAGCCGGCCAAGUUAAACCCGGCCUGUUGACACUGGGACGAUCGUCAGGACGUGCCUGCCUGUGUUCAGGGUGUGGGCUUCAGCACAGGUCACCAACCCCCCUGGCGCAGCUUGGAAGUGUCAGGUCACUAAACCAGGGGGCAGUCACUCUUCUCUCCAGUUCACUUUUCACUCUGUCCAGCAACAUCACCAUGUCUCCAGGCGAAGACGUCCACAUUACAUCCAGUCAUCCACUGAGAUGGCCGUGUCGCUGCGGGGCCUGUACUUUGUGGUGACCCUGUUUUUGGGCAGCUUCUUUGGAAGUGUCUUCAUGCUGGGUCCAUUUUUGCCCCUCAUGCUGGUGUCUCCCGCCUGGUACCGCUGGAUCACCGAUCGCAUCGUCGCCACCUGGCUCACCCUGCCUGUGUCUUUGCUGGAGCUGGUAUUUGGUGUGAAGGUGGUAAUAACAGGUGAUGGCUUCAUCCCGGGGGAGCGCAGCGUGAUUAUCAUGAACCACCGCACGCGUCUGGACUGGAUGUUCCUCUGGUGUUGUCUGCUCAGGUACAGCUACCUGCGCCUGGAGAAGAUCUGCCUCAAGGCUGCUCUCAAGGCUGUGCCUGGCUUUGGCUGGGCAAUGCAGGUGGCCUGCUUCGUUUUCAUCCAGCGUCGCUGGGAGGACGACAAGAAACACUUAGAGAACAUGCUGGACUACUUCUGUGACAUCAGAGAGCCGCUGCAGCUGCUGCUCUUCCCGGAGGGCACAGACCUCACUGAAAAUACAAGAGCAAAAAGUGAUGCAUUCGCCGCCAAGAACAGCCUGCCGAACUUUGAGUAUGUGCUCCAUCCACGGACCACGGGAUUCACCUUUAUCGUGGACAGACUACGAAAAGGAGACAACCUGGAUGCCGUUCAUGACAUUACCGUGGCCUAUCCCAAGAACAUCCCUCAAACCGAGCGCCACCUCAUCCUGGGGCUCUUCCCCCGUGAGAUCCACUUCCACGUCCGCCGUUACCCAGUGGCUUCUCUUCCCUCCUCGUCAGACCUGGAAUCGUGGUGUAGGGAGCGCUGGGCUGAGAAGGAGUGCCGCCUCCGUGACUUCUACUCCGGCCAGCCCCGGGGCUUUGACAGAGAAGGUGUUGCACGUGUGCCACCUUGUAAGUCGGAGCUGCGAGUGUCUCUGAUCAAAGCGGCCUCGCUGCUGUACUGGAGCAGCUUCAUCGCCCUGUGCUUCACCGGCCUGUGGCUCUGGGCUCCGUUCAGGCUCUUUUGCCUGGUCAUGGUCGGAGUGUUUAUGGCCCAGCAGAGGCUGGUCGGAGGGGUGGAGCUGCUGGAGUUGGCCUGCCAUCGAUACUGGAAGUCCACGGCUGCUGACGCGGGAGACAAGAAAAAGGUGAUGGAUGGGAAGGUGCAGUGAGGACGGAAGACGGGAUUGACCGGACAAUGACACGUUUCAACCCUGUGCUCGGCGAGGAUGCCGAGGACGCCAUUGUCUCGAUCUGUUCAGUCCAGAGGGCUCGAGGAUCCCUCAGAGGGAGCCAGAACACCACGCCUUAGAAAGGGAGUAAUGCAUUUUGCAUGGCUUUAGUGGAAAGAGCUGGAGAAAAAGAGGAAUGUUCUGUACAUCUGUGUUGGGUUCAAGAAAUUCAUCAUACACGGUGUCACCUGCCCUGUACUUACCUUCCUGUAUAAUCACUGUUAAUUAGCUUGCCGUCGGCACAUUUUAUCCGUUUUAUGUUGUUGCUGUUUUAGAGCCUCAGUGUCACACGUGUCAUGAAAAUUUUAGUAUUUUUAUACUGUUGCCAUGUCCUUUUUUUACUGUAUCGUAUGUUGCCCUUGGUUUUAUAUUCGUGUCAUAGAUUAUGGAGCAGAGCCAUAGUACAGACCAAAUGUACAUAUGAUGACUUGACUCUAACCAAUUUUCAAAUCAGCACUGUAGUUAGUCGAAUUAGACAGAGACAAGUUAAAUGGAUCAGUUUCCAUUAAAAGUCUCUUUCAACAAAAGAAAAAGGACAGAAAUAAUUCCCAGUGAAUUAUCAAGGUGUAUACCGGUAUAUAUAUAUAUGUACCAUUGUUUACCUUUUAUUGGGUAUAAUUGCCCUUUUAUACAAAAGUGGGGAUUGAACUUUCCCCAGUUAGUCCUUAGAGAUAACUUGUGUGAUAAUGUUUAUUACUCUCGAGGCAUUGAAACAUAAAUGUUAUUCUGCUUGUUUGUUUGCUCAAGUAUCUUUUGCGCAUCAAAGCCAAAGGUUGAUAAAAGCAGCAGUGAUGUAAAACAGUACCAAACCGAAUGUAGUCCGUCUCGUCAGGAGAGAGGGUAACUUCGUUCACCGCCAAAGUUGUCUGCAGUCGCACUCGAGUCGACGCGCUUGUAAUCGGCAGCUCGUCACGAUCAAAGAUGUGACUGAGAUGUUACAUCUGGGUGACUGGAAGCAAAUGAGCUUUGUGCCCUUUCUAGGAAUGGAGGGAUGCCUCGUAGAGGCAGGAUGUGGGUGGUGCCGGGGUGGAAGAAUGCCCUGUUGGGACAACAUUACCCCUCGAUGUGCAGGGUGGCACAGAAGCCCAGACUUGGAGUGGAAAACUGGCGCUGAACUCGACCUUAAUCCAAAAAAGCCCCGCAAUGCCCACCUCUGCCUUUGUCACUCUCUGGAGGACUGGCAUUGAUGCGCCUGCUAAACUCAAUUAGCGAGUGACAGCUGAGAAAGCUUCUCCAAUUGUGCCAAAAAAGGACAGAAAUUGAAACAAGAUUGGAGAGCGGUGCUCCAGCCACACGUUUAGCCACCGACUCUCCUUCCAGCUGAGGUUUCGUCAUUUCAAAGCAUGCGAGUUCUGGGAGUGAGGGAACAUUUGUGUUUGGGACGAUUUUUACCAGCUACAGUAACACUGUAGCUAGCUUCCAUGCUCGACCGCAGCAUCUCUCCUGUUCAUCUGAAACGGGAGCUCCCCCGUAGUUAAUGUGAAGGGGCGGUUUCCAGUCACUGUGAUCAGCUGCUAACAAUUUUAUCAGCAGCGUGUUGUUGUACUUUACCAGACAUGUUACCUUCACCCUCCAUAUCCUCUUCUACCUUCUUUCAAAACUUCUCAAUCAGCUAGAAUGUACAUGUGUGUUCUCCUCCUUAAUUUGUGCUGUUUUGCGUUGCUCAAUUUACAAUCACAUGCUGAUGCUGGACCUCUUUUAAAGCCACUGUCCUCAGGUACACAUAGUGGACACUGUUGUGACUCAGUCUGUGAAAGCAAGAAAUAAAUAUAUAUAUAUAUAUAUAUAUAUAUAUGAAUAAAUAUACUUUAACAACUCA